CACAGUCCCUAAAUUGGAACGAGCAAGUAGAACAUGUCAAAACAAAAGCCCUAAAAGGAAUCAACAUAAUGAAAUCACUUUGUGGUACAUGGUGGGGAGCAGAUCCAUCGACAUUGCUACUCAUGUAUAAAGGAAUUGUACGUUCACAUCUCGAUUAUGGUUCACAGCUGAUGAAACCCUGCCCGAAACAAGUCCUUGCCAAAUUGGACAAAAUGCAAUACCAAGCACUAAGAAUCGUGACAGGAUGCAUGAGGUCCACCCCAACUAACGUACUAUUAGCAGAGUGUGCUGAAAUGGCACUGGAGUACAGGAGGAAGUGGUUAGCAAGUAAAUUUGUACUAAAAAUAAUCGCAGAACAAGAACACCCAAUCUCAGAACUAUUACUAGAACUGGACAGCUACUGUCAAUCCAAACGAGGUUACUGGACAAGGAGGGAGGUGCCAUACAUUAUUGAAGCGCUAGAAGAAGUAGAUCAACAUGCGAACAACAUACAUGCGGAAAAAAUCCUACCAUGUUUCGAAAUAGAACACGUACAUCAGAUAACUCCAAUUGAAGUUGCUAACAUUAACAACGACAGAGCGCAAAUAAACAGCAACAAAGAAUUUCUAAGUAUAUUUGGACCAAAGUUUGAACAGCAUACCUGGAUCUUCACCGAUGGUUCUCUCGACAAAAAUCAAGGAAACGUGGGACUAGGAGUGUUCAUCCCAAGCAUCAACCACAAAUUUUCAGCAAGACUUCCUCAACUCACACAAAUAUGCACUGCAGAAGUUAUAGCGAUAAACAAAGCCAUUACCAUAUGCCUAGAGAGGAACCUGGACAAGUCAGUAAUAUUCUCGGACUCAAAGUCAGCUCUACAAAAAAUCUCGAGCACGGAAAUCAACAAAGAUAGGGACCACAUUUCUCUGAAAACAAAAAGAAUGUUGUUAGAAGCAGAGGCAAACGGCUGCGAAAUCAAAUUGGCAUGGAUUCCGGGUCACUCCAACAUCCAUGGGAACCUAGUGGCAGACACACUGGCAAACAUUGGAAGAAAUUCUGAAAAUCAAGUAGAAGUAGAACUAGACAAAAAUGAUGUCCUACCAACAAUUAAGCAGCAAAUACAGGCUAAAUGGAAACAAGAAUGGAAAUUGAGUACAAAUUCACGAGGUUUCAGCUAUGCACAGAUAAUAAAGGAGUUCCCAAGUUCCCCAUGGUUCACCUUGUUUCCAUAUAAGGACAGAAGGCAUCUAACAACGAUAAUUAGAAUGAGAACAGGUCAUUGUUUAACCAACAAGCAUCUGCACAGAAUAGGAAUUCUGACUCACCCGUAUUGUGAAUGCGGACAGAAAAAACCUUUGUCCCCAUCUCUUUUUAACCUGGGUGCUUCUCUCCAAUCCGAGGCAACGUUUCGGUGUGUGUUAAGGCUCGGCUGUUGCCCCCGAGCGAGAAAAGUCUAUCCUGUGUUGUGUUGUUUACUAACCCCAUUUGCACUCCCGCUCAAGAUAUAGGAAUCAAUCGAGGGAAUAUGAGUAACCAAUCUCAGAUGCACUUCACGGUGCAUUCCCUUGAAUAAUAAAAAACAAGUACAUAAGAAGCUGGCUAAAUAC